AUGUCCAAGACCCUCAUCCUGGAAACCACCCACCAGCACGAGGGCGAGCCUGCGCUCCUGGGCCAGAACCACGGCAGAGGUGACCACUCGGUGGCAGACUCCCGGGGAAAAGUGCUUCUCUACUGCCAUCUGGUGGCAUCCCAGAGGCACGACACCUCCCGCCUUCCCUCCCCUCCAGCCUUGAAGGCUGAACAUUCAGCUGCUUCAGCAAAGGUGCUGGAUCAGGUUUGGGGCUUUCUUGCUCAAGUUGGUGAACUUUCCAUUAAGUACUUGAAAGGAAAUGCAUAUUCCGCUUUUGCUGGGGGGCAGGGGGCGUGCUCUGUGGUGUCAGGGACUUUCAAGAUACAGCAGUGGGACAUACACAGACAAGAUUUCCUUGAAUCUGCUCCUGGCUUGGGAAUGUUUGUGACUGUUACAACUUACAAUGAUGAGGUAUUACUGUCCAAGUUAUAUGGCCCACAAGGAAGGUUCUACUUUACUUCACAUUCACCUGGCGAACACAUCAUUUGCUUGGAAUCUAAUUCUACGAGACUUGUGUCAUUUGGUGGGAGUAAGCUGCGGAUCCACUUAGAGAUUCGAGUUGGACAACAUGACCUUGAUGCAGCCAUUGCUCAAGCAAAGGACAAAGUUAAUGAAGUUAGCUUCAAGUUGGAACACCUAAUUGAGCAAAUUGAGCAAAUAGUCAAAGAACAAAACUAUCAAAGGGACCGUGAAGAAAAUUUUCGAAUGAUCAGUGAAGAUACAAAUGGCAAUGUUUUAUGGUGGGCUUUUGCACAAACAUUAAUCUUUAUCUCAAUUGGAAUUUUCCAAAUGAAAUACCUUAAAGACUUCUUUAUAGCUAAGAAACUCGUUUAAAAUGUUAAUAAAGGCAACUACCUGCUAAUCUGCAUAAUAUUUGAGUUAAUCAAUCAAAAUACAUCAUAACCAUGUAAUUUUAUGAUUUCAAAGAUGAUCAGAGAUUGAAAUUAAUUUUAUACUGGCAAAAUAUUACUUUAACUAUGUGGCCUUUGAGCUUGAUAGAAUAAGCUCAUCAUCUGGUUAUUUUAACUCUGUAUAUAGAUCAGCACUGUC